AGCACAAUCCCAUCAAAGAGGGUGAGAAAUUAGCGCCCUUUUUCACCUUUUUUCUUUCGAGAGAGAGAGAGAGAGGAGAGAGACACAGAGAGAGAAUGUGAGAGGUGGGGCUUUUAUUUUAGUUUAUGCCAUCACUGCCAAUACACUCCUCACACCCUCACAUAACCAACUCACAUAUAUACACACUGUACAGAUUUCCUUGUUUAGAUAUUACUAUGAUACACACUAUCUAUCAUCACUUGAUUGUUCUUUAGAUUUUUUGCUUGGUUUUUAGCUCCCCCCAGAUCUUGGUCUUGCUUAUUACUCACUCUUUUGAUAUGGGCUUGUUGGUUUCUCAUCUUUUGACUGAUCAUUUUGCUCGAAUUAUUUGUUGAUUGUGCUAGAGGUUUUUUAGCUCAAUUUGUAAGCUAGUGGUCUUUUCUUGAUCUGGGUUGGUCUUGGUUUGUUCAUCUGUUUCUUUGAUUCUGUUUUUGAGCUUGAUUUGAGAUUUUUGCUGGUGAUCGAAUUGUGGGCUUUUCUUGGUAUAAGAUCAAGAAUUGUGGGUUAUUCUUUGUUUGAAUCAAAUGAUGUUGGAAGAUCAAGAACAAAGGUAUUUGUGUAGGUUUUGCAGCAAGAGUUUUUCUAGUGGGAAUUCAUUGGGUGGUCAUAUGAGGGGUCAUUUAGCAUUGAUUAAUGCAGAAAAGUGUGUAGAGAGUGAAGAUGGGGAUUUGGGUUUUGACAGAGAGGAAGUAGUUGAGGAAAAGAAUGAUCCAUUGUUAUCUGAUAUGGAUCUUGAUGAUGUUGGGGAAGCUAGUUAUGUGCUUAGGGAAAAUCCCAAGAAAUCUUGGAGAAUUUCGCCUUCUAAACAUGGCGGUGAGAUCAAGGAAAUGAAUUUUUGUAAGGAGUGUGGCAAAGGGUUUCCUUCAUUGAAAGCUGUUGCAGGUCAUAUGAGAUCUCAUUCGAUUAAGGGGAAACAAGAGAAUGCAGUUUGUAAGGAAUGUGGGAAACUGUUUGAUUCACCGAGGGCUCUGUUUGGUCAUAUGAGAAGUCACUCUAAAAGGUCAAAGGGUUCAAGUGAAUCUGAUUAUCAGCUGGUAAGUCCAGUUAAGAAGAAGAGGUCAACAAAGAGGUACAGCACUGUUACAUCACAUUCUUCGAUUUCACAUUCGGAUUCAUUCGUUUGUUUUACUGAGGUUGAUGAGGUUAAGGAAGUGGCUCUGUGUUUAAUGAUGUUGUCUAGAGGUGUUAAUUGUGGGGAUGAGUUCAGUUUGAGCAUGGAUACUGCAAAGAAUUGUAGUUCUGCAAAUCUUGAAUCUUGGUCCUCGUUUCAGAAAAAAGAUGACUCAAGAUCUGAUUAUGGUGGCAUUGAAAUGAGGAAGAUGAAGAUGUCAGUAGGGAAUGAUAUACAGUCUACUGUAUCAGGAUUUGGUAAUUUUGGCUCUUGUUUUGAUAGUGAUGAUGAACUCAAAUCUGGAGUUGAUGCUUCUGAUGAGCAGUCUCUUAACUGUGGAAAAUUCAAGAAGACCCUUGAUACGACUAGUAUUAAUCCAGUGGGAACAAAAUUAAUGGAUUUAGGAACUGAAGUUGGACCAGAAAAAAUUGAUAUGGGCUUGCAGAAGGCAAAGCCAAGCAACAAAGCUAGCGUUCUUUAUGACCAGUGUGAGUUGAACAAAAUUUUCUGUGAUGAACUUCAGUAUGCUACUAGUGCUUCAGAAUUCUCCAAGGAUAAUGAAAGAAAAGGCAAAUUCAUGUGCAAGAUUUGUUAUAAGACUUUUAAAACUCCCCAAGCACUUGGAGGCCACAGAACUACCCACAGAACAGUCUAUAGUCGCAGCACAGUGAAGGAGGAUAGUCCCGCCAAAGUGAAGGAGAAUAGUAACAAAGUUACUGAAACUGAUUCUAAGCUGGAGCAGCUGAAAUGUGAUGAAAAUUCAGCGGAAAAGGAUGAUAUGACAAGGAGCAAAGAACAUGAAUGCGCAAUCUGCUUCAAGGUUUUUGCAUCAGGUCAAGCACUGGGGGGCCACAAGCGAGCUCAUUACAUUGGAAUACCUGUAAGCAAAGGCAAAGGGAUCGCGUUGAUGGAACAAGAUCCUCCUGAUCAUACUGACAACAACCUGGAUCUUAAUUUCCCAGCAACCGCGGAAGAAGAGUCAUCGACUGGUGUUAGUCUAAACCCCUGGUGGGGUGUAAAUGAUUUCGAGUGUGAGCCACUGGCAAUUUUUAACUGAUACCAAUCAUAUCAGCCAACUGUCGGCUCCCUAUUUUUUUGUAUUCUGAAAGCGUAAAGAUUCUAUUAAUCACAGUACAAUGCUUGGAUCAAAUUCAUAUAAAGGUUUGCCUCUUCUUUUUAGCUACAUCCAUUUCAGUAAUGUCACUCACUUUGAUCUUGUAAUCUGCAGAAGUCUCAGUUAGUUCAAGGUACUCUCUAGUUAUUUUACUGUUUUAUGUAAUGCAAU